AAAUAAUAGACCAACUUUAUUAUGUGUAAAUUGAAAUUUUCACAACCAAAUUCAUUUUUUAGCCUGUACUUAAAUAGACUCCAGAGGAGAAUGAAUUUCACCAUAUUUUUAAUUAGCAACCAAAAGAUUUAAACACAGCCAAAAAGAAAAGAAAUGACCAACCUAAAACAGUGGGGCGGCCAGAGUUUUCUCCAAUCCCCACAUCGUCUUCUCCGAAAAUAACCUUAGAAUCUGGAACGUCCCAUGUUGUCCCCUUUCCAACCAACUUUAACUUCUCCGCCAUUCUCAGACCUCAACUCUCCAUUAAUCUUCAACCGCAAACCUUCCAAUUUUGAAUCACCCUUCUCCGAACCGCAUAUACCCAACACCCCAAUAACUCCAAUUCAAUUUCCCUUCCCCCUUUUAUUCCCCCCAUUCCCCUCAUUCCUUCACCACCAAUCCACCAUCCCUCUUGAUCUCGAUCUCGAUCUUCGCCAUGGGAGCCUUGAAGAUGAAGCUUUCUACCACCGCCAUUGCUGUGGGUUUUCUAGCUCUGUUCCAAACUUUUCUGGUUGAUGCCACUGAAUUGAAUUACAAAGAUGCCCUCAGCAAGGCCCUCAUUUUCCUCGAAGCUCAGAGGUCCGGCAAGCUCCCUCCCAAUCACCGCCCCGCUUGGAGAGGCGACUCCGCCGUCGACGACGGCAAACUCGCCAAUGUUGACCUUGAGGGAGGGUAUUACGACGCCGGCGACAAUGUGAAGUACGGACUUCCGAUGGCUUUCACGGUUACAACUCUGUCAUGGGCGGCCAUGACUUACCAAGCGGAGAUCGAAGCCGCCGGCGAAAUGGAAAAUGUUCGAGCCGCAAUCAAAUGGGGCACCGAUUAUUUCCUCAAGGCCUGCUCUCGCCGCAAUCGUCUCUAUGUUCAGGUGGGAGACCCGGUGAAGGAUCAUGAGUGUUGGGUUAGGCCUGAGAAUAUGAAGACGCCAAGAACUGUGCUGCAGAUUGAUAACAACACGCCCGGAACCGAAAUUGCAGCUGAAACCUCCGCGGCCAUGGCGUCUUCUUCCAUUGUCUUCAGAAGCGUCAAUAAAACCUAUGCUCGUAGACUCCUAAACAAAGCAAAAUUGCUUUUUCAGUUCGCUAAAGCGCACAAAGGAACUUAUGAUGGAGAGUGCCCCUUCUAUUGCUCUUUUUCAGGCUACAAUGACGAGUUGUUGUGGGCAGCGACAUGGCUAUACAUCGCAACCAAGAGGCCAGUGUAUCUGAAGUACGUGAAAGAAGAAGCCAUUACUGGGAGUGUAGCGGAAUUCAGCUGGGACCUCAAAUAUGCAGGCGCCCAAAUUCUUCUUUCCAAGUUCUAUUUCGAGGGAGAGAAGGGAUUACAGACGUUGAAGGAUCAGGCGGAUAGUUACAUAUGCUCCAAUCUUCCAAACAGCCCUUACCACCAAAUCUACGUAUCCCCAGGAGGAAUGAUUCACAUGAGAGAUGGCGCCAACACCCAAUACGUUACAGGAACGGCUUUCUUGUUCAGUGCUUACAGCGACAUUCUUGCAACCUUUAAACAGACCGUCAAGUGCGCCGACCAGCAGUUCGAUUCCACCCAGCUCAUGUCUUUCGCUAAGAAACAGAUGGAUUAUGUGCUGGGAAUCAACCCGCUGGGGAGAUCUUACAUGGUGGGGUUCGGAAACAACCCGCCGGUUCAGGCGCACCACCGCGGCGCCUCCGUGCCGGUUCUGGCGCCGAACGCGGAAGUGAGCUGCCCGAUGAGUUUCGUGGAGUGGUUCAACAAGAACACCCCCAACCCCAACGAGCUCACCGGCGCCAUUCUCGGCGGCCCCGAUAAGAACGACAACUUCGUCGAUAAGCGUUGGGAUUCGCCGAUGACGGAGCCCGUCACUUACACCAACUCCCUCGCCGUCGGAGUCAUCGCCAAGCUCGCCGCCCACAAAUUUACCUAAUCGGAGCCCUAAUUAUCUAAUUCUCUGCAUCCUCUGGUUUUUUAGGCGUUUUUGAAAUUAACAAUUCUCUGCGAUGUUCUUCUUCUUCUUCAUCUUCUUCCUUCGUGGUCUUGCAUUUUUUCGUUCUGUGCAGCCAAAGAAGACGAUUGAUUGAUGCUUUCUGGGAAGUAGAGCCGUAACAGAUUUUUCUGUUUGUCACUCAUUGUAAUAUUUAUCAAUAAUUAAAAAAAGGGCUAACUCUAUUUUAUA